AUGGGUUCUUCAAAUUCUAAAAGAGGUGAUUCUAAAUUUUAUAUUAAGAAAAGAAGCCUGAAAAAAGACGCAGAGGAUAACAAUGAUGAUUUGGUUAGCUACAAAGGUGUUGAAGUAAAAUUACAAGAUUUAUAUCCGAAAGCAUUGACAGUUUACACGAAUUUCACUUCCGAACAAAUUUCGAAAAUAUUAGAUGGAAAGGUUUUGAACCUUAAUGAUCCUCAGCUAACAUAUUUAGAUGAUAUUGUUUGGCUUGAAUGGAAAAACAUGACAAAUAAUUUAAAAAGGAAAAUACUAAAAUCAAGUUUCAUAUUUCAAAAUAGUCGUUUUAAGUUUGAAGACAUAACUAAUAACGCUACACUUGAAACUCUAACAACAAAAGAAAUUAAAAAUAUUUUUAACGGAAUGGAACUUCGAAUUGGCAAGAUGAUUUUAAACGAAACAGAAUUUUAUGUUAGAAGAAAAUAUUCAUUUUUUAAAAAUGGUAUCAAAGAAUUUGAUUUUAGUAGGGUUUUCCCACACCCAGAUCUGGAAAUAUUCUUUGUGUUGUCAUCAGAUGCAGGAACUGGAAAAACUAUAGCAUUUAAUCAAUUAGCACUGGAAAUUAAACAAAAAUUUCCACAUCUUUGGGUUUGCUUUAUCGAUCUUAAAAGCUUUACACAAUUGUAUAAUGAUAACAAUAUGUCCAGAGGUCCAAGAUAUAUUUUAAUGGAAAUUUUAGGAUUAAAAACCAAAUUUGAAAGAGUAUUUUUUAGUGGUAUGUAUAAUACAGAUUCAAUUGUAUUAUUAUGGAAUGGGUUUGAUGAAGUUUCACCAAAAUAUAGCGACUUUUUAAUGAAACUAUUCAAGGAAAUUUCUAAUCAUUCAGGAAAUAGCCAGUAUAUCUGCACAAGACCUCAAUUCACUGAUGAAUUUAAAUUCGAUAAAUAUUUUUCAAAAAGAAUUUAUAAAUUAGUUCCGCUAAACGAAAAUGAUCAAGUAGAAUAUUUGAAGAAAUAUUUUUCAUUACAAAAUAUUACAGAAGAAAAUAUUGAUCAAUAUAUUCAAAAAGUUUUUCAUAUAAUACAAUCUUUAGAAUCUAAAACAAAAUUUAAUAAUAAUUUUGGUGAUCUACGAAUUCCUUUAGUAUUAAAUAUGAUUUCGGAACUAAUUUCAAACGAUAACUUUGCUUAUGGCGCUGAAAACAUUUAUCAAAUUUAUGAAAAAUUUGUCCAGAGAAAGAUUGAUAUUUGGGUAGAAAAAACUCCUUUUGCCAGUGAUUUCUUAAAAUGUAUUAGAACAAAUCGUAAAUUUAACAUUAUUAACUUUUAUCAUAUUUAUGCACUGAUUAGUCAAUCUUUAGUUCUUGAUGAUCGUAUGAAAGAUAUUAUUGAAAAACUAAGCAUUUUGAAUUUAGAAAUUCCACCAGAAUUAACUUAUGAUGAAAUAGCUAGAAUGGGAAUUUUAUACAUCGACGUUGGAUAUAAAAUUAAUUUUGUUCAUAAAACCUUUGGAGAAUUUUUCUUUGCUCAAUAUAUUAUUGAUAAUAUUUAUAAUGAAGAUGAUAUGAGUUCAGAAGAAGCGGAGUUAAGGCUUGAAUUAUUCUUUAAAAUUAUCUUAGCAGAUGGACAUCAUAUUAUAAAAGAUUUUAUUAAAUCAUAUCUUCAAGUAGCAAUUAUAGAAAACCACACUACUAAAUUUCCUAAAAAGAUUGCACAUUUAAUGGUAACAAAGUAUAAAAAGCUAUUUUUAAAUUUAUUAAGAACAAAAAAAAUUCAUGUAAUUGAAUUUUUGUGUAAUUUCUUCAAAAAAGAUUCCAAAAUUGUCCAAACACUUCUUCAAGUCUAUUCAAAUGAGACUCUUUUCACAGCUAGAUAUAAUCCAACUUAUUACCAAAAUUAUGGAUUUAUUUUUAAUGAUUUUAGUUAUGCUGGAUUUGCGAUAAAGAUUGGGAAAACAUUUUUGAAUUCUACUGAAUAUGAUAACUUUAUUCAUGGCAAUAAUCAAAAAGGGGUGAUGCUAUAUGGCAAACAUUUUUUAUAUAAAUAUUUCAAUAGAAAUUCUUCAAAUGAGACUGAAAAAACAAUUUAUAACGAUGACUUAAAAUACUUUGAAAAUUUGGCUUUAAAUUUAACAAAGAAUGAAUUUUUAGAACUUUUAUCAUCUAUUGAUAGUCCAAUAUACCUUGGCGAUCCACUCUUUACUACUGAAAACUUUUGGAAGAUAAUUGAAGAUUUAUUAAACGAAAAUGAGCAAAAAAUGAUUUUUCCAAAAAUUUUAAAUGAGAUUUCUAAAAUAACAUUUUAUGAUUAUGAAGUUUUAAGCAAUUUUUCACUGAUUGCCAGUAAAAUUGAGAAAAUUAUGACAAGUUCAGAAAUUUAUUAUAUGUUUCUGAAUGGAAAAUUUCUACACCAAGCAGUCGACAGCUUUGCGUCAUAUGAGCUUUUAUUCAAUCUGUUUAAAAAUCAUACAAAUAUUAUCCAGCAAGAAGACAUUUUGGAUCAAAUGUUGUUUGUCGACUGCAUAGUUGAUAUUAACAGUGUAACAAAGAUGGAAAUUUGUUAUGAGAAACCUCCUUACAAAAUUAAUAGCAUUGAUGUUUUUUCACAAAUUGAAAGAUAA